GGCCUCUACCUCUGUCCCUGCCUGACUCUCCUGUAUAGAAGUGCCUUCUAUGGAGCAGGUCAAUGAGACUGUGGUGAGAGAGUUUGUCUUCAUUGGCUUCUCUUCCCUGGCCAGGCUGCAGCAGCUGCUCUUCGCUGUCUUCCUGCUCCUCUACCUGAUCACUCUGGGCACCAAUGCCAUCAUCAUUUCCACUAUUGUGCUGGACAGAGCCCUUCAUACCCCCAUGUACUUCUUCCUCGCUGUCCUCUCCUGCUCUGAAACUUGUUAUACCUUUGUCAUUGUACCCAAGAUGCUGUUUGACCUGCUGGUCCAGAAGAAGACCAUUUCCUUCCUGGGCUGUGCCAUCCAGAUGUUUUCCUUCCUCUUCCUUGGCUGCUCUCACUCCCUCUUGCUGGCGGCCAUGGGUUAUGAUCGCUUUGUGGCGAUUUGUAACCCACUGCACUACAUGGUGCUCAUGGGACAUAGGAUUUGUAUAGGACUAGUGGCUGCUGCCUGUGCUUGUGGCUUCACUGUCUCCCUGGUCAUCACCUCCCUGAUAUUUCACUUGCCCUUCCACUCCUCCAACCAGCUCCAUCACUUCUUCUGUGACAUAUCUCCUGUCCUCAAACUGGCAUCUCACCACUCCCGCAUCAGUCAGUUGGUCAUAUUCAUGCUCGGUGUCUUUGUUUUGGUUAUUCCUCUGUUACUCAUCCUGGUCUCCUAUAUACGCAUCAUCUCUGCCAUUCUAAAAAUCCCUUCCUCUGUUGGAAGAUAUAAGACCUUCUCCACCUGUGCUUCCCAUCUCAUUGUUGUAACUGUUCACUAUGGUUGUGCUUCUUUCAUCUACUUAAGGCCCAAGUCCAAUUACUCUUCAAGCCAAGACACCCUAAUAUCUGUGUCUUAUACCAUCCUUACUCCAUUGUUCAAUCCAAUGAUUUACAGUUUGCGAAAUAAGGAAUUUAAAUCAGCUUUUCGAAGAACAAUGGGCCAGACUUUAUAUCCUGUUAAUUGAAGAGCCAAUUUUUACUACAUAUGCCCAGUACAUGCCAGGAAAA